UCUAUAUCUCACCAGCAGAGGGCAGUAGCAUCCCUAGUCUACUCAAAACCCCUGCGGGAGAAUGGGCAGCAGACGCAUGUACGUAACAAACAACAACUCCCAUAAUGCACCAGGCCAUACACAGAGUCAAGCAGGGUCGGUACCCGACUAGAACAAGCACAUCACCGCUGUCUCGCUGAGUCGUUUACAAGAGAAAUGGCAGCAGCCUUGUCCCGCGCCCUCAAACUACCAGGGAAGAAAAGCUCUGAGCUGGGGGAGUAUGACCCGCUCACCCAAGCCGACAGCGAGGACGAAAGCGAAGAGGACGACCUCGUCCUCAAUUACCCUCGUAACGGUCUGGGCCGGGACACCCGCCUCGGCGGCGGCUCCACGAAGCUGAGGGGAGGGCGCACCGGGCGACUCGUGGCGGCCGAAGAUGAGGCGCAGGAGGACGAGGACGAAUGGAGAGAGCGGCCCUCCAGCAAAUCCCAACACGACAGAGGCGACGUGAAAGGCGGGCAGUACUGGAGCCCAUCGAGGGACGACAGAGGGCAACCAGGAGGAUCUGGACUGAGGGUACAUGGCACGGAUGAGGAAGUGAAGAGGAGGAGGAGGAAGAAUGCCAUGCGGGCUUCCUUUUUCCUGGUGCCUCUGGUGUGCGCCAUGAUGCUGGUGCUGCUUUGUGCUUUUCUGAUUCCUUGUCAGAAGGGAGCGCUGGUAAAGAGGCCACAGUGGGAGAGAGCACUGGGAGAUGCAGCAGGUGUGACUCCACCUGCCCUGGCAUUGUGGGAUGUGGAUGGUGACUCAGUGGAUGAUGUGCUACUCAGUGUCACAGAGUGGACCAAUGACACGCAUCUCACUCAAGGAAACAAAAUUCACAGCGCCGUGGUCCUGUCCGGUGCCACUGGCCAGGUGCUGUGGAGGAAAAUCACAUGGGAGUCGGUCAUGUACAUCCAGUGCGGCCUCCGGCUCAGCGCUCAGCCGUCACCUGUGUGUCUCCUCAUUGGGAAGUCCAUCAUCAUGGCUGUAAAUGGCACCACAGGGAAGAACCUGUGGUCUGCCCUGCUGAAGAACAUCGAAUCCCAGGCGGUAUUACUCCCAGACCUCCAGGGAGACUCACUCCCAGACCUGCUCAUAGCCACCCUGCCUGCAGAUGAGGCUCUGGAUCUCUCCCUGACUCUAAUCUCGGGGCUGACCGGCGCGAGACUCGGACAGUCCGUGUCAUUUAACCUCACCGGACAAGGAAAACUGAUCGGACCACUUCUGCAUGAGACACAACAAAGCGCAGCGUAUAUCCUGUUCGGCCUCGGUAAUGUUGUGGCCAUCUCGCUGCGGGAUCUCUACAUGCGUGCAACCAGCAGGUUACCGAUGGCUCAGACGCUUAGACGCAAGGAUCCAGGGUGGGAGGGACUCAAGAAAACUAAUUCCUCUUCUUUCAUCCACAUUUUCAGGGGAUCUGAGCGUGUGGACUUCUUGCUCCCCCUUGUGGCCGGUUUCGGCACCCGCUACAACAACCUGGACACGGUUUCUAACCUGAACUCCAGCAAGAGCGACUGGGUGUUGGUGCACGGCUCCAGCAAAAUCUCCAUGCUCAGACAGAGGGAUGUACGAAAACAGUGGACCUUUAACUCCGCCCCCAUCCACAGCCAACCAACACCGGGACACUUUAAUGACGACGGAAUCCUUGAUGUUUUCAUUCAGCACUCAGCAAAUGGAACCAUGACGGCGCUGGUUAUCGACGGUGCAAACGGGCGCCCUCUCUGGACGGCGCAGUUUGUGUGCCCUCAUCUUGUUUUGGAAGCGGCAGCAGUCUCCACGUCGACUGGCCUUUCAGCUUUUGUCUUCUGGGCCAGCGAGCCAAUCGGAGCACAGAAGAAUGUCACCAAGGAAACUGUGGCCCUCGGUGUUACCGCGGCGGAGCCAGUUAUCAGAAAGCUCUUCCUGUUGCACCCGACAUAUCCCAGAAUCCUGCUGGAGCUCUCUAGUACCACAGACACCAUAGUCGCUGCAGCAGCGAGUUACGAGGGGCGUCUGAAAGACGCGUCCUACAUCAGCGUGUCCUCACGGCCGACGCCCGACUCGGAGCCCGCCGCAAGGAUAGUGAAGAGCAUGAGCCUCCGCGCCGCCAUCGCUAAAGGACAAACGGUCACGCUCGGGGAGGACAGCAGGACCGGGACAGCGCUUGAGAUCAACACAUUCUUCAGACGCUUGUUCUUCAAGCAUGAGUAAGGUGCUCUCCCAAGCACAAGAGGUCCGAGUGACUGCGCUGCACUGAAGCGGUUUACAUCUCAUUAGUCUAAUGAAUCAGUAUUUAACAUCCCUUAUUUGUGUUUCUCUGUGAAAUGUUUUUGUUUUUUUAAACAGUUAUG